UACAUAAAAUGACAGCAAACAAUAUUUUAAAAUGUCACGACGAUAGUAUAAAAAAUGAUAACAUUUUUAUUUAUUUGUCAAUUACUUUUUGUUAUUUAUUAACAUUACCAACACACUUUUCGGAAAAAAUAUGCAUUAUGGCCCAGAAAUCUACUCAAACAAUAAAUGAAAAUAAAAAGGGAAAUCAAAUUAAUACGGAUAAAUGUACUAAAGAAGACAAUAAAGCGCAUACACAAGUUAGCAGAAAAAAAACAAAAGCAGGGAAGAAAAGUCGUAAAAAUAAAGCGAAUCCUGCUCACCGCUUGCCUUCUGGAUCAGGUUUAACACAUAAUCAAGUCCAUUCAUCAAGUGUACCUUUACCGCCAACACCUUAUGUGUCAACUAUGACAUCAUAUUAUCCACAAGACUUUAGCCAACCAAUCCCAAUUGAUUGGAACCCAAUAGUAGCAACAAUACAAGUACCUAGUCCAAUGUACACGAUACUUCCACCGUUGCCUGUUAUAGUCAAUCCUGUAGUAACAACUAUUUGCCCUCACACCUGUACAGUAUUCACUCCACAGAUUAUUACGCCACUAGCUCAACCGAUAGUCACAGAUAUUCCAGUUACAUAUACAUAUGAACCUACUGAAGUGAUAUAUACAGAUCAAUUAAAUGAAACAUUUGUUGAUGAGACUUAUUUCGAACCAGCAGGUGAUAGUCUAGAGUAUGUAGACCAAUCGCUAGAAUCACAACCUACACCUGAUACAUCUUACGUCAUACAAAACAUAGUAUCAACUAAUGAGGCUAAAGAUCAGGAUUCCAAGUCAGAUCCUCUGGAAGUUUAUUUAUCAUUACCAAGAAAUUUAUUUCCUCCACCAAGGAUGUUAACAAUAGACCCGAAUCCUAUUGUAGAUGAGUUCUGCAAACUAAAAAAUGUGCACAGUCAUGUGCCUUGGUUGUUAGAUUUAGAAUAUGGUAUCCCUAAAAGUCCUAUAACGCGUCCGAUACCUAUUUACAAUGUAAAUUUUAAUAGUAUUCAUUGUAAAAAUACCCCAGACGCUAUACAUCCAGGGUUUGAUAGUUGUGAUGAAGAUUUUAAAAGCGUAUUCUUAUUUUAUUAUGAUUGUAUAGUCUCUUCUUUGUAUACUGGCUACGUGAUGCUUCAUAACGAUGCUUCUGUAGAUAAUUUUCAAUCAUGGCUUCUAUUUCCUAUGAAAGAAUUAGGAAUGUGCUGGCCUUAGUCUAAGUAUGCAUGUGUUUGUAUAAACAAAUUGUAAAUAAUUUGGAGUGUAUUUUAUUUGCAUGGAUAAAUAAAUUGCUUUGUAAAGAAA